UCUAUUCUGGCUGGGGAGGCUGGCGCUCCGCUCUGCCAGGAGACUAAAGCGCUUCAGUGGGCGCUUGCCACCGCCCAGCCUCUCCCAGCGCGACUCCUAGCUUUUGCGGAGCAACCCGAGCCAGGAGUGGUUCAGAGAGACAGGGUGGAAAGGUCGAGUCUAGCUGGUGUUUCUCUUGUCUCGCUUUUCUCUCAUCCCUUCUUGCUUGUGUGAGAACAAGGGUGGGAGCCAUGGAGCAAAGAGGCUGGUCUCUGCAGUGCACGGCUUUCGCCCUCUUUUGCGCUUGGUGUGCUCUGAACGGUGUAAAAGCCAAGAGGCAGUUUGUCAAUGAAUGGGCGGCGGAGAUCCCCGGAGGGCCGGAGGCUGCCUCUGCCAUCGCCGAGGAGCUGGGUUAUGACCUCUUGGGUCAGAUUGGAUCACUUGAAAAUCACUACUUAUUCAAACACAAAAACCAUCCUCGAAGGUCUCGAAGAAGUGCUCUUCACAUCACUAAGAGGUUAUCUGAUGACGAUCGUGUGAUAUGGGCUGAACAACAAUACCAGAAAGAGAGAAGCAAACGUUCAGUUCAAAAGGACUCAGCAUUGAAUCUCUUCAAUGACCCAAUGUGGAAUCAGCAGUGGUACUUGCAAGACACCAGGAUGACUGCAGCUCUGCCCAAGCUGGAUCUUCACGUGAUACCGGUUUGGCAAAAGGGCAUCACAGGCAAAGGAGUUGUCAUUACUGUGCUGGAUGAUGGCUUGGAGUGGAAUCACACAGACAUAUAUGCCAAUUAUGAUCCAGAGGCUAGCUAUGAUUUUAAUGAUAAUGAUCAUGAUCCAUUUCCCCGAUACGAUCCCACAAACGAAAACAAACAUGGAACUAGAUGUGCAGGAGAAAUUGCCAUGCAAGCAAAUAAUCGCAAGUGUGGGGUUGGAGUUGCAUACAAUUCCAAAGUUGGAGGUAUAAGAAUGCUGGACGGCAUUGUAACUGAUGCAAUUGAGGCCAGUUCAAUUGGCUUCAACCCUGGCCAUGUAGAUAUUUACAGUGCAAGCUGGGGCCCUAAUGAUGACGGGAAAACUGUGGAGGGGCCUGGAAGACUGGCCCAGAAGGCAUUUGAAUAUGGUGUCAAACAGGGGAGACAAGGGAAAGGCUCCAUCUUUGUUUGGGCUUCUGGGAAUGGGGGUCGUCAGGGAGAUAAUUGUGACUGUGAUGGCUACACAGAUAGCAUUUACACCAUCUCUAUCAGCAGUGCCUCCCAGCAAGGCUUGUCACCCUGGUAUGCAGAGAAGUGUUCCUCCACACUGGCCACCUCCUACAGCAGCGGAGAUUACACAGACCAGCGAAUAACAAGCGCCGACCUGCACAAUGACUGCACAGAGACCCACACAGGCACCUCAGCCUCUGCACCUCUGGCUGCUGGCAUCUUCGCUCUGGCCUUGGAAGCAAACCCAAAUCUCACUUGGCGUGAUAUGCAGCAUCUGGUUGUCUGGACCUCUGAGUAUGAUCCACUGGCUAAUAACCCAGGUUGGAAAAAGAAUGGUGCAGGCUUAAUGGUGAACAGUCGAUUUGGAUUUGGUUUGCUAAAUGCCAAAGCUCUGGUCGAUCUGGCUGACCCUAGGACCUGGAGAACUGUGCCUGAGAAGAAAGAAUGCGUUGUAAAAGACAAUAACUUUGAGCCUCGAGCCCUCAAAGCUAAUGGAGAAGUGACUGUUGAAAUCCCAACAAGAGCUUGUGAAGGACAAGAAAACGCUAUCAAGUCCCUGGAACAUGUGCAAUUUGAAGCAACAAUUGAAUAUUCUCGUAGAGGAGACCUUCAUGUCACACUCACUUCUGCCGCUGGAACAAGCACCGUACUGUUGGCUGAAAGGGAGCGGGAUGCAUCCCCCAAUGGCUUUAAGAAUUGGGACUUCAUGUCUGUUCACACAUGGGGAGAGAAUCCUGUAGGCACCUGGAUAUUGAAAAUUACAGACAUGUCUGGAAGAAUGCAGAACGAAGGCAGGAUUGUGAACUGGAAGCUGAUUUUUCACGGAACAUCUUCUCAGCCAGAGCACAUGAAGCAGCCCCGUGUGUACACAUCUUACAACACUGUCCAGAAUGACAGGAGAGGAGUGGAGAAGAUGGUGAAUGUCGUGGAGGAGCAGCCCACACAAAAGAGCCUGAAUGACAAUCUCCUGGUACCCCAAAGCUCCAGCAGCAGCGGUGUUGAGGGCAGAAGGGAGAAACUGGCACAAGGUGCUCCUUCAGAGGCUGUGCUACGGCUCCUACAAAGUGCUUUCAGCAAAAACCCACCUUCAAAGCAAUCACCAAAGAAGUCUCCAGGUACAAAGAUCAGCAUCCCUUAUGAGAGUUUCUAUGAAGCCUUGGAAAAGCUAAACAAACCCUCCCAGCUUGAAGACGCUGAGGACAGUCUGUACAACGACUAUGUUGAUGUUUUCUAUAACACAAAACCUUAUAAGCAUAGAGACGACAGGCUACUGCAAGCUCUUGUGAACAUUCUGAAUGAGGAAAAUUAAUAAGGGCGUGUCCCCAAGCAUCCUCUUUCCCCUUAAAUGUCCCUGGGUGUGAGUGUGUCACUGAUUCCUAUGCUUAUAAUGUCCUUUGUGGUACUUUUGCAUUUUCUCCUCAAAUUGUACCUUGGGGUGGGUUCCAAAAGGAAAGCCAACUUUCUGAAUGGAUCUCAGUGUUUAACAAUGUCUUCCCUGACAUAUGAGUAAAGCAGGUCUUUGUAUAGUCACAGUUGACAUGCAGCCCUUUACCCAAUGGGAUGGCUCCUUCAUCCUCCCCAUUUCAUAUCUCGAAAGAACAGGAACAGAUUAAGACGUGCAUUUUAAUUUGGAAAAGUCGUCCACCAAGGUGAGGGUCUACAGCUGAUCUUGCUCCCUAUUUUUUCAAUGGGGUUCUUUGAAAAUGAAAGCUCACAAGUAGGUCCAUGCCUUAGGCCUCUCUACACCACGUGCUGCUCAUGCUGAUGGUCUGAUGGUUUUCGGGGGGACAGAAUAAAAUGCAUUAUUUAGAUCCAAAAACAGAUAUUAAAUUUUAUAUUAUCUUGGAUAGUUACAGAACAUUCUUCUUGGCUGGCGCACCAUGAAGAGCUCUCUGCGUGUCCAAAGAUGGCUGUGACUCCUACUGUCUGUGGCCUGGCCUCCUGUUUCCCUUUCUGCCUCACACGCCAUAUGUUUCUUUUCUGAGCCACAUGCUCAGGACUCAAAGAACUAAUCCAAGCCAUUUUCUCAGAACAAAAUUAUGCUUGACGUUGGCAAAUUCCUAAUCAUAGUUUUGUUUAAUAACAAGCAGCCACUCAAUAGAUAGAGAACCAAUGUAAUAACAGAGAAAACGUUGAUUGAAGGGGGAAAGCAAUGAGACAUUUCUAACAAGUUGUGUUCUUAGGACAGGCUCUUCUAGUUCUCUGUAAAUGAGUAUUCAUUUCUGAACAUCAUAGGGUCUUCUCCAAUCUCAGUGGACAGUAUUCAAGUUCUUACCAAAUUGCUUCCAUGCUUCUAAUCAGAAAACAGAUGGGCAGCACGUAGGUCUUAUUUGUCCAACCUAUAAGUUAUGAAGAAUGUUUUGAAAACAUGAAGGGCUGUUCAAAGUGUGAGAUUUCACAUAAAAGCUGAUUUUCAUACCCAUCUUCCAUCAUGGCAAUAGCUGGCUGGAGAUAACACCUCCCUAGUAAGAUUCUGAGUCUGGGCUUUCCUGGCUGGCGGCCUCUUUUUUUUUUACUACUCAGUAUCGCUAUGGACAUUUAUCCUUUUUAAAUUAAAGUGUGUUAGUUGUAGAAAAUAAGGUUUCAUUUUGACAUUCUCCUACAAGUAUUUCAUGUACUUGGACAAUGUCCACCCCCUACUAAUCUGUAUUCUGCCUAUCUCCACUUGUCCCCCUCCUCUUCACAAGUGCUUCUGCUUCCAAUUCCUGUCUUUUCAUUUCAUCCAGACUCCACAUAUUAAAAAAUGUGAUUUUUGUCUUUCUGUGCAUGUGAUUUUGCCCACUCCCACACUAAAUGAAUCUGUAUAAAGUGUAAAUGUAUUAGGAAAAAGAUUUCCCACAAUUACUUCCAGGCAGGCUCUGCCUUUAAUAAUUGAGUUUGCUAUGACCUAGUUAUUUUGUUGUAUUUAUAAAUAAAAAGAGUACUUGGAGCCCUAAA